UGACCUCUUCCGUCAUACGUCACUUCCUUUCCCGGCGCUAGUCAUCCGUACUGAACGUCGCACGUUUUCACCGUGUCAACGCGACAGCAAAACUGGAUUUUAUUAACACCCAAACAAGACCGAAACAUCUCAAAUCGCAUUUCUCAAGGACCUAGAUUGUGUCCCUUCUUCAGCAAUGUCUCGUUUCUUCGCCACCGGGUCUGACAGUGAGUCAGAGGAGUCCUCAUCAGCCGAUGAGAUCGCCCCUAAAGCGCCCGGGACAACGCUCAAGCAGUCGCUGCUGGUCAGUGAUGAUGAGGAGGACACCAAAAGAGUCGUGCGCAGUGCCAAAGACAAAAGGUUUGAGGAGUUGACCAAUCUCAUCAAGACUAUCCGCAAUGCCAUGAAGAUCCGCGACAUGGCCAAGUGUCUGGAGGAGUUUGAGCAGUUGUGUCGAGCGUUCCUCAAAAGCAAGAAUAUAGUGGACAAAGAGGGAGUUCCACCUUUCUACAUCCGUCUGUUGGCAGACCUGGAGGACUACCUGAAUCAGCUUUGGGAGGACAAAGAGGGCAAGAAGAAGAUGAACAAGAACAAUGCAAAAGCCCUCAGUACACUGCGGCAGAAGAUCCGCAAGUACAACCGGGAUUACGAGACGGAAAUUACUGCUUACAAGGAGAAUCCACAGGAAUCUGCCGAUGAAGAGGAAGACAAGGGCCCAGAUGAUUCAGGGUCAUCCUCUGACAGCGAUGGGGAUGAUGAUGGUGUGUCUGCUCAAAACUUCUUGAAGAAAAAGCCAGAGGCCACGCCAGAAGCUAGCAAGUUCCUCAAGUCCGCCAAAGGAUCUGGGGACGAGUCUUCUUCCAGCGACGACGAUGAAGACGAUGAAGACUGGGGCUCCGACACCGUGGACUCGGGCAGUGAGAGCUCUGACGACGGCGAGGACAAGAGCGCGUCUCUCGCCAUGGUCUUCCUCAAGAAGGCUCAGGCGCCCGACAAGAGCGGCGAAAAGCUGGGGAAGAAGAAAAAGCUGAAGAAGAAAGAGAAGCUGGAGGAGGAGGCUGAGGAAGAGGGAGGCGAGGAGGCGGAGGGAGGCUGGGAGAAGGUCAAGGGAGGCGUCCCUCUCGUCAAGGAGAAGCCCAAGAUGUUUGCAAAGGGAACUGAGAUCAACACAGUUGUGGUGGUGAAGAAGCUCCACGAGAUCCUGCAAGCCCGAGGCAAAAAGGGCACCGACCGGACUGGCCAGAUUGAACUGCUCCACGCCCUCGCCGCCAUCGCUCUCGAGCACAACCUGGGUGUGGGCGUCAUGGUUAAAAUCAAAUUCAACAUCGUUGCGUCGCUCUACGAUUACAACCCCAACAUGGCGACUUAUAUGAAGCCGGAAAUGUGGAAGAAAUGUCUGGACUGCAUAGACGAACUGCUGGACAUUCUGUAUGACAACAAUGACAUGUUCAUUGGGGAGAACAUUGCGGAGGAAAGUGAGAACUUGGCCAUCUCAGAUCAGCCUUUCAGGGUUCGCGGCUGCAUUCUAACUUUGGUAGAGAGGAUGGACGAAGAGUUCACCAAGAUCAUGCAGAACACAGAUCCUCAUUCGCAAGAAUACGUGGACAAUCUGAAAGACGAAGGGCACGUGUGCGGCAUCAUGGACCGCCUGCUCAACUACUUAGAGAACAAGGGCAGCACGGAGGAGAUUUGCCGCAUCUACCUGCACAGAAUCAUGCACACAUACUACAAAUUUGAUUACAAGGCUCACCGGCGCAGCCUGGGCAUCCAGGCAGAAACUAAGUCCCAACAGGACCAAGAGGAGAGCGAGGGCGAGGACAGCGCCAUCAUCAUGGACCGCCUGUGCAAGUUUAUCUACGCCAAGGACCGCACCGACCGCAUCCGCACGUGCGCCAUCCUCUGCCACAUUUACCACCACGCGCUGCACUCGCGCUGGUACCAGGCCCGCGACCUGAUGCUCAUGAGCCACCUGCAGGACAACAUCCAGCACGCCGACCCGCCCGUGCAGAUCUUGUACAACAGAACCAUGGUCCAACUGGGCAUCUGCGCCUUCCGUCAAGGCAUGAUCAAAGACGCCCACAAUGCUUUGCUGGACAUCCAGUCAUCGGGCCGUGCUAAGGAGCUGCUGGGGCAAGGUUUGCUCAUGAGGAACAUGCAGGAGAGGAACGCCGAGCAGGAGAAGAUCGAGAAGCGAAGACAAGUGCCCUUCCACAUGCACAUCAACUUGGAGCUGCUGGAGUGCGUGUACCUGGUGUCGGCCAUGUUGUUGGAAAUCCCCUACAUGGCCGCCCACGAGUUUGACGCCCGCCGCCGCAUGAUCAGCAAGCAGUUCCAUCAUCAGCUGCGAGUGGGAGAGCGACAGCCGCUACUCGGCCCCCCCGAGAGCAUGCGCGAGCAUGUGGUGGCGGCCAGCAAGGCCAUGAAGAUGGGCGACUGGCGCACCUGCCACUCCUUCAUCAUCAAUGAGAAGAUGAACAGCAAAGUGUGGGACCUGUUCCCCGAGAUGCAGCGAGUGCGCGAGAUGCUCGUCAGGAAGAUCCAAGAGGAGUCGCUGAGGACGUACCUCUUCACGUACAGCAGUGUGUACGACUCCAUCAGCAUGGCAACACUAUCUGACAUGUUUGAGUUGGAGAUAGCAACAGUUCACAGCAUCAUCAGCAAAAUGAUCAUCAACGAGGAGCUUAUGGCCUCUCUGGACCAGCCCACGCAGACUGUGGUGAUGCACCGCACGGAGCCCACCUCCCUGCAGAACAUGGCCCUGCAGCUGGCCGAGAAACUGGGCAGCUUGGUGGAGAACAACGAGCGCGUUUUCGAUCUCAAGCAGGGCGUCUACGGUGGAUAUUUCAACAGAGAUCAGAAAGGCGGAUACCAACAGAAACAGUCGUACCAGAGAGACGGCGGGAAGGGCGGUUACCAGUCCAAACAGGGAGGCUACCAGGGAGGCUACCAGGGAGGCUACCAGGGAGGCUACCAGGGGGGCUACCAGGGGGGCUACCAGGGGGGCUACCAGCGAGGCUACAGAAAUCAGAACCAAGGCAACUAUUGAUUUUGGAAAGGUUACAUUCCGUUUUGACGUUAAGCACCACCUGGCUGGAAGCUGAUCCCAAAUCACUUCAUUUGAGAAAGUACACUUUGUUUGAUGUUAGCCUGCUUUGUCUGAUCAGUUUCAAUAAUAAAUUCUUCAAUAGAGCUUACA